AUGGAGUACAUCGAACAGCUCAUCAAGAAAUUCGAAGAGGCGAUGCCGGCCGGACCGCCCGAAUACCGUCAAGCUUGGCAGGAGGAGAUCGUCAAAAUAAGAGCGGGUAAGUGCCUAUAAUAGUGAUGAUGGCGGCUUGAGAAUGAUUCUUUUUUUUAGAAUUCACUGCGUCAGCUCGUCAAUUCGACAUUGCCCCGCUUCUGGCGAACAUACCGGUGAAUGAACUACUCGCAUCGCUAUCGCUAUCGGGGCCGCAAUGGAGACCGAAAGAGGACAACGCGCUGGAGCUUCUCUCCGUGGUCUCCGGGAUGAAAAUGUCCGAGGAGGAGAUCAAGUCCGAGGAGGGCCCGCUCAGGCUCCCAAAGUUCAACCUCGAGAUCUACAAAAAGCCGCGUAAGUUGGUUCACUUUUCUCCGAUUGUUUUGACGAAUUUUCGUCAUAUCCGAGCUCCGCGUCGAUUUCCAAGAAUUGCUUCUUAUUGCCACAUUCACUGUCCGAGCCCCCAACUUUCAGAAAUACCUGUGAACGGAACAGCGCUUAGUCAAAGUUGUGGCCGUGGCCGAGAAAAGUUCUAGGCCUUGUGAUCUUUUGCGGAUUUUUUUUUGGCGUUCGCAAAACAGUCACACAAAUCAGCAAGAGCAUCGAACUGCUCGCAGGGAAGAGUUUUCACACCAGAGUUUCCUAGGCCACGGCCACAACUUCAACUGCACGCCGUUUCGUUCAUUCGCAUUUCUGUGAGAGCAUUCAGCAUUUCACUAGAAUAUGAGGCAAUAAGAGACAAUUCAAAUAGACACAAAAAAUCAAAAAAUUUGAGAGUUCCCUGGUCCUUUAAAAUUGACACAGAAAGGCCAUUGUCUACCUGAAAACAAUGCAAAUCGUCCAUUAAAACCUAUCAUUUUUCAGUCAAGCUCAAUUCGGAGCAGUCGGAGGAGGAGAGAAAGUGCCUCAUGGAGCUCUUCAAGGCGAGAAGAGCCAUCGAGAAGAAGAAGGAGGAGGACAGAGGAGAGGGACCCGCAAAGGAAUAG